CGCCGAGUGGAAGCGAGAGCGCGAGCGCGGCUGCAGCCGGCGGCAUGGCGAGCACGGCCUCGGAGAUCAUCGCCUUCAUGGUUUCCAUCUCGGGCUGGGUGCUGGUGUCCUCCACGCUGCCCACCGACUACUGGAAGGUGUCCACCAUCGACGGCACGGUCAUCACCACCGCCACCUAUUGGGCCAACCUGUGGAAGACGUGCGUUACCGACUCCACGGGCGUCUCCAACUGCAAGGACUUCCCCUCCAUGCUGGCGCUGGACGGUUAUAUCCAGGCAUGUAGAGGACUUAUGAUUGCUGCUGUCAGUCUGGGCUUUUUUGGUUCCAUAUUUGCCCUGUUUGGAAUGAAGUGUACCAAAGUCGGAGGCUCAGAUAAAGCCAAAGCUAAAAUUGCUUGUUUGGCUGGGAUUGUAUUCAUACUGUCAGGGUUGUGCUCAAUGACCGGUUGUUCCCUGUAUGCAAACAAAAUCACAACGGAAUUCUUUGAUCCUCUCUUUGUUGAGCAGAAGUACGAAUUAGGAGCUGCUCUGUUUAUUGGAUGGGCAGGAGCCUCACUCUGCAUAAUUGGCGGUGUCAUAUUUUGCUUUUCAAUAUCUGACAACAACAAACCUCCCAGAAUGGGAUACGCAUACAAUGGGGCCACGUCUGUCCUGUCUUCUCGGACAAAGUAUCAUGGCGCAGAAGGAGGUUUUAAAACCACAAACCCUUCAAAACAGUUUGAUAAAAAUGCUUAUGUCUGAAAAGAGCACUGCUGUGAGCUGUCUUGAGUUAUUAUAAAAGUGAACUGUUCACAAAAUGAUCCCCCCUCAAGGCCUUCCUCUAAUUCACACUCAAAACUAUUUUUAAAACAUGAAUUUGGAGAAUUUGCUGAUUGUACGGAUGUAAAUGUUCUAAUCAUUUUCUGUUGUGGCUUUCUAUAAAAAAAAUAAACAGGUUAUUUACAGGAUUUGUAUAUAUUUUAUAUAUUUAUAGAGCAUGGGAAGUAUUUAGCACCAAGGGAUCAAGUAUUUGUAU